UAUGAAAAUGGACAUAGUCCUGAGGCUUUGCUUACGAGCAAGCACCAUCACACAUCGAACCGACGGCAAACACUUUCUGAAGCUCCAAUGCGGAAAAUACCAUUACGAGCAUUAUUUAUAAAUAUUUGCAUUCGUUCGCCAGAACAACAAACAAAUGACCGCUACCCCACAGAAUUUAGGCAUUACGGUGUACGCAAAGAAGUGCCUUUCCGCGGUGAUAGUGAGCUUACUCAAAUUAGCUCUGGUAUUACUAGGUCUGUUGCCUUGCAUUUCAGCUUUGCGAUACUGAAGUUGCCGGCUGCCUUCGUUUAUGAGCUCCUGCAUGAAACAAAAAUGGAUGUCGUGAAAUUGAUUUUCCUAUGCUGCGUCUGGUUUCGACUCUUCUACGUCUCAAAUGGUACCACGGAUCUCUACCACGCGAACACACUGGCCAGAGUUCCAAAGGGUGUUGCGGCGAACGUGGCUGCAACCGCAUCUACAAAGACACAGCGGGUAUCUAUGUCUCCAACUCCCACGAUACUAAGCAGACCGUCCUCAAUAUUUUAUGAUGAUCUGCCGACGGUGAUUCCAGACUCCCAUACCUGGCGUGGCACACUAUCGGCUGAGGAAAAACUGGUGGCACAACUAUUGAAUCGGGGCAGUUUGACAGUUCGACCGAACGGGCACAACAACAAAACAACCAGCCCAGUCUUUGUGGAUAUCACGUAUAACGUUAUCCAAAUCCUUGCAUUUGUGAGUGAGAGAAAUCCCAAACUGAUUGUCAUGGGAUUGGUAGUAUAG